UACAACAAGGCCUGCAAAAAGGGCUACAUAUUUUAAGAAAAGUACAAUGUAAUAACAUAGUGGGAAAACCCGAAAACGACGGCGUUUAGAGUGUUUACCUAUCUCCCCUUCAAUGGAGGGUUUUGCGAAGGCUUAACUCCAAACUGUAAGCGACCAAAAGCUCCUGAACUGAACUCACCAACAUGAGAAAACUGUGGAGUUCGCUCUCUCUCCUCGCUCGUCGCAGACCAACUUCCUCAUUCUCCAAAUCGUACGCUUCCGAUGCACCCUUCAGCCGCUGCACCAAAACCCACGGGUUUCUCAUCCGACCCAACAAGUUCGUGACCACCCCAUUUCGAAACAUGGACACCCUCGUCCCGAAACCCUCUCCGAUCCCCUCAAGGCAACGCAAAAUCAUGGAAAAAUCGCAGCUUGAGGAGGCUUUCGAGUCCGCAGAAACCACCGAGGAAAUGCUCAAGGCGUUCCGUUACAUGGAGGGGGUUUUCGACGAGCGAGAGCUCGGUUUGGCUUCCCUGAAAAUUGGCCUCAAAUUGGACCACGAAGGUGAGGAUCCCGAGAAAGCUCUUUCCUUUGCUAACAGGGCUUUGAAAGCCUUGGACAAAGAUAACACCCCUUGUUUGCCUGUUGCCAUGUGUUUGCAGUUGUUGGGGUCUGUUAGUUAUAGCUUGAAAAGGUUCAAUGAUAGUUUAGGGUACCUUAAUAGGGCCAAUAGGGUGUUGGGUAGGUUGGAGGGUGAGGGUGGGGUUAGUGUUGAUGAUGUUAGGGCUGUGUUGCAUGCUGUGCAGCUUGAAUUGGCCAAUGUGAAGAAUGCCAUGGGGAGGAGGGAGGAGGCUCUUGAGAAUCUUAGGAAGUGUUUGGAGAUUAAGGAGAUGACUUUUGAGGAGGAUAGUGGGGAGUUAGGUAAGGCCAACCGUGACUUGGCUGAGGCUUAUGUUGCGGUUUUGAACUUUAAGGAGGCUUUGCCGUAUUGUUUGAAGGCGUUGGAGAUUCAUACAAAGGGGUUGGGGCAGAAUUCAGUGGAGGUUGCACACGAUAGGAAGCUUCUUGGGAUUGUGUAUAGUGGGCUGGAGGAGCAUGAGAAGGCCCUGGAGCAGAAUGUUUUGGCGCAGAGGAUUUUGAAGAAUUGGAAUCUUAACGCUGAUUUGUUGCGUGCUGAGGUUGACGCUGCGAAUAUGAUGAUUGCUCUGGGGAGGUAUGAUGAGGCUGUUGGUACUUUGACGGGGGUUGUGCAGCAGACGGAGAAGGACAGUGAGACUCGAGCUCUUGUGCUCAUAUCGAUGGCGAAAGCGCUGUGUAAUCAGGAAAAGUUUGCGGAAUGCAAAAGGUGUUUGGAGGUUUCUCUUGGGAUUCUUGACAGAAGAGAAAGGAUUUCACCUGUGGAAGUCGCUGAGGCUUACUCGGAGAUAUCAAUGCAAUAUGAAACCAUGAACGAGUUUGAAACUGCAAUUUCAUUGCUGAAGAGGACACUAGCUUUGCUUGAGAAGGAGCCACAAGAGCAGCACUCGGAGGGAAGUGUCUCUGCGAGAAUAGGUUGGUUACUAUUGUUGACAGGUAAGGUGCAGCAGGCUAUUCCUUAUUUGGAAAGUGCUGCUGAAAGAUUGAAAGAUAGCUUUGGUCCCAAGCAUUUUGGAGUGGGUUACAUAUACAACAAUUUGGGGGCAGCAUAUUUAGAGUUGGAUAGACCCCAGUCAGCAGCGCAAAUGUUUGCAGUAGCAAAGGAUAUCAUGGAUGUAGCUCUUGGUCCUCAUCAUGCAGAUACAAUUGAAGCAUGUCAGAACCUUUCAAAGGCUUAUGGCGAGAUGGGAAGCUAUGUCCUUGCAAUUGAAUUUCAACAGCAAGUUAUUGAUGCUUGGGAAAGCCAUGGAGCAAGUGCAGAAGAUGAACUUAGAGAAGCCCAGCGACUUCUUGAAGAAUUAAAGAAAAAAGCGCGUGGUGCGUCUGCAAAUGAGUUUCCUAUGAAGGCUUUGCCCUUACCGCAUACACCUGCAACAUCCAGGGACUCCCAACAGCACGUGCAAUUACAUAAAGAGGAGUGUUAGUAACACACUUCUACUAAUACAUUAUCUUUAAUUGAUUAAAACUUAUUGAAAACUAUAAAUUCAAUGAGAGUUUCAUUAAAUAGGAUGUAGAAUCCACACUUUUUUGUGAUUUUCAAUAUAUUCCAACCAAUAAUAAAGGUUGUGUUUAAAAGAGUGUCUUAGAAUAUAUUCCUAGUUUUGCACACUUUCCCUUUCACACUGCCAUUGCAUAUGGUAAGAAUGUCUAUGAAAUUGGUAAUAGGUUGCCAGUUUUGAGGUUUCCCUACAGAUUUAUGUGGGCAAUUACUGAAAUUAGGUAGUAGUUAGACUUAAUUCCCACCCAUAUGUUUUAUAUUUGUCAUUAUACUAUUCAGAUUUUUUUUUCUCUUUUAAAUUUUAAAUCAGUACUAGUAUCUUGUCAUUAUUCAAUUAUACGGAAUUUCCUUCAAAUAAUGUAGUUCUUUCCCUUUUUGUUUC